AUGUCAAGAACAGACAUUUCAGACGAAUUUUGGGUAAACUACUUACAAAAUGCACAAGUGACAGAAACACACGAAGAGAAAUUAAAGAGGGAGAAAGUGAUUGUCUUGCUUCGUUCAACACUUCAAGAGUUUAUACGUUGCGUAAAAAAAGAACAUGACUACAAACGCGAAGUAUUACCUCCUAUUCUUUUUCCUUUUGGUUCUUAUGGUAUUGGUGGUUAUAUCAAAAACGCAGAUAUUGACAUUGUGAUGAUUGCACCAAGUUCCAUCAAACGAAACGACUUUUUCAAAUUCUUUCCUACAAACCUCAAGCAGCUUGCUACCAUAAGAGAUGUCGAGUGCAUUAAACGUACUGCUGUACCUAUUAUCAAAUGUGUAGUGGACAAUAUAUCGAUCGAUAUCUCCUUUGUUCGGUUAAAAGAAAAGAAAGUAGACGCACAAAUGAACUUUUUGGAUGACACUCUAUUGAAUGAUUUAGAUGAAGUCUGUCUUGCCAGUAUAGAUGGUCCCAGAGUACAUCAGUUCAUCAUGAAACAGAUCAAAAGCCAGCAUCUCACCAUUUUUCGUACUUGUCUUCAAUGCAUCAAAUAUUGGGCUACACGACGCCAAAUCUACAAUAAACCCACAGGUUACUUGAAUGGCAGUUCCUGGACCAUGUUGCUUCUCAAAACAUAUCAAAAAGAAAAGAACAAUUCAGACGAGUUGACCAUCACUCAUUUACUUGAACAGUUCUUUCUGACUUGGCUUGAAUGGCCAUGGCCAGCACCUGUCAUUUUGACAAAUCAUAUACCAGGAAAAGACGGAACGCGUCUUGAAUACCGUACGCUUAAAGAAUUUGAAGAAUCUGUGAUGCCGAUUGUAUCACCAUGUUACCCUGUCAUUAGUACUGCACCCAAUGUCACUAAAUCGACACUAAAAGUGAUUCAGAGAGAAUUCGAAAGAGGUGAGUUGUUGAGUCAUGACGAAAUUGAUCCUCAUGAAGUAUUAAGAAAACUAUUCCAUGGUCUUGACUACUUUAAGCGAUUCACUCAUUAUUUAAGCAUCACAACAAGUUGUUCAAGGCAAAGAAGUCAUGAAAUAUGGACACGGAAAAUGCCUUAUAAUGUACCGCAGCUUGUUUCAUUGAUUGAAUCACGCCGAGACUUUAAGCUGAUUCAACCCGCAUAUUGGCCUAAACAGUAUACAAAGAACUACCGAACCAAUCGAGAAAGAGCAGCAUUGCAACAAGGUGAAUUGAUGGAUGAGAUGGAAGCCACAAGUUCUUCAGAGCCAUUUAAUCCUGGUACGCUUCAUUUGACCUAUUAUUUCAUUGGUAUCAAGACAGAAGAGUCUUGUAAGUCAGACAUCACUCCUACAAACAAAUCUUUCUUAGCCAUUUUAGAUACCAGAAAAAGCACCAAUGAUGAUGAUGUUCAUUUUGCCAUUAGCCAUAUGAAAAGAAAACAAGUAGCCAAACUGAUGAAUAUCAAAUGUGAUUAA